CUAUAGAAUAAAAUAUAUUUAUACUACUGUGAUAUAUUAUUAUAUUUUAUUAGCAUAAUAAAUAUAUUUACUUAAUUUUUAAGUAUUCCUAAAUACAUCAAGAGGAAAUACAUGAAAAAACUAUAACUAGUGACAAUGUGCUUUUAUGCACCGGUUCAUUGAAAUGUAUUCAAAUAAUAAAGUUUAAAAAACGGAAAAAGUUUUUCAUAAUUUAUUAUUAUUAUUGAUUUUAUUAAAAAAUUUUAAAUACAUUUUUUACUUAUGUAAUAAUUAUAAAGAAUGCUAGUAAUAGUUGUAUUUUACGGUGUUUUCUUCUUCAAUAAUACGAACAGACAAAAUAAAUAUUGUAAAAAUAUAAAUAAAUUGAAUUUGUGAUGUUUCAUUUACAUAUUAAAUUGUAAAAAUUUUUUUCUUUGAUAUUUUGACAUGCAGCUCUUUUUAUAGAAAAGUUUUUCAAUUUUACCUCCUAACCUCUACGGGUAUCGACAUAAGCAUAAAUACUUAUCGAAGUGUAUUUUAAUUUGUAAUAUUGAAACGUAUGAAAGAUGUUCGAAGCACACAGUAUUAAUGCCGAACAUAAAGAUUUAAUUCAUGAUAUUGCUUAUGAUUUUUAUGGACAACGAAUGGCAACAUGUUCCAGUGAUCACUACGUGAAAGUCUGGGAUGAAGAUGAACAUGGAAAUUGGCAUUUAUCUGCAUCUUGGAAAGCACAUAGUGGGCCUGUGUGGAAAGUAACAUGGGCACAUCCAGAGUUUGGUCAAGUUUUAGCAACAUGCUCUUCUGAUAGAACAGCAGCUGUGUGGGAAGAAAUAGUUGGAGAAGGAUCAGGACCAGGAGAACGUGGCAUGAGACACUGGGUUAGAAGAACAAACUUGGUAGAUUCCAGAAAGUCUGUUACAGAUGUGAAAUUUGCACCUAAAACUUUAGGUCUUUUGUUAGCUACUUGUAGCGAAGAUGGAGUGAUUAGGAUAUAUGAAGCACCUGAUGUUAUGAAUCUAAGUCAGUGGACUCUACAGCAUGACAUUAGUUGUAAACUUCAAUGUAGCUGUCUUUCAUGGAAUCCAUCUCUUUCAAGGUUACAUCCUCCAAUGAUAGCAGUUGGAAGUGAUGAUUCAAACCCAUCAUCAGAUGGAAAAGUUUUCAUAUAUGAAUAUUCUGAGAGUAGUAGAAGGUGGACAAAAACACAAACAUUAAAUAUUGCCGAUCCCAUUCACGAUAUAGCAUUUGCUCCAAAUUUAGGUAGAAGUUUUCACACAUUAGCUAUUGCAUCAAAAGAUGUGCAAGUAAUCACAUUAAAACCUGUGUUGGAUAAUGUACAAAGUGGUUCAUCACGUUUUGAAAUCAAUAUAGCAGCACAAUUUUCCGACCAUGACUCUACUGUAUGGCGAGUGUGUUGGAAUAUUAUGGGAACUAUUCUAGCAAGUUCGGGAGAUGAUGGUUGCGUUCGAUUAUGGAAAGAUAAUUAUAUUAAUAAUUGGAAAUGUGUUGCUGUUUUGAAAGGUGAUGGUACCUCUGCUCAAAGUGCUGAAACUUCUACGGCGGCAACACCACCUAAUCAUUCAACAGGGAUGCAACAAACAUCUUCUACAACAAGAGCGGUAACAAUAGCAACUGUCACUGCAGAGAAGCCUACAGUUACAGUUAUGUGCAGCAAUAAAUGGCAGGCACCUGUUAUUAAAGGUCGUUUUAGUAAAUCUGUAUGGUUGGGAAAUCCCAGUGAAUCAACCCCACCUCCACCUCCAAUUUUAGAGUAUCCAAAGGCUAAAAAGUAACAGUUAUUUAAUUUUCAGUAAUAUUAAAAAAAUACAGAGACAAACGACUUGCGUUUGAUGAAUUGUUUAAUUAAAAGGAUACACUGUUUUAUGCACUUGAGAGUAAUAUUUUUAUUUGAAAAAGUAUUUGUAAAAAUAAAACAUUUCCAGACAUAUAUUUAUCGUCAUUAUAAUGAUGUGAUAAUAAACAGCAAUAGUUAAUUAUGCGUAAGUAUCACUGUUAACGCCGUUUAGUGUUUUGUACAUUUAAGUACAUGAAACUUAUAUGCAAACUUAUAUGCAUAUACAUACUUACUAUUUUGACUGAUUUUAGCGAAUUGUAAUUUUACGUACAUUACUCUUCAUCAUUACGUAACAUAUUUGUAUUUAAA